UCGAAGGGCUCAGAAGGUCUACUUGGAGCCCCUAAGCGACCAUAUUGCGCAUGUGUCGUGUUUGUAAACGUGUUAAAUGUCCUUAAAAAUAACUUCCAGACUCGUUGGCUUGACUGGACGUGUCGUGUCAUGCCACACCUCCUCAGGCGGACGGUUUACGGUCAAACAUGACCGACAGAACCAGCGCUUCACCGUGACGACAGGCAGCGGCGCAGGGGCCAAUGAAUGCGCCGUGCUGUCCUACAAGUUCACUGGGCAGAAGGAGGUGGACCUGAUGUCCACUUUUGUUCCCGAGACAUUUAGGGGCCAAGGCAUCGCUGCGGUUCUGUCACAGGCUGCCAUGGAUUUCCUGGUUGAGGAGAACCUAAAGGCGCGCAUAUCCUGCUGGUACAUAAAGAAAUACAUUGAUGAGCAGCCUCAGCAGCAGUAUAAGGACUUCAUCAUCUCCUGACGGCGGCUUCCUGCAAUCACUUCAUAAUCUGCACAAUGCACUUAAAGAAUGAAUGAAUGAAAUCAGCGCCUCUUUUUUUAGAUCACAAGGGUCAUGACUGAAAUGUUGAAGAACUCUUUAAGAUUCUUUAAGACACUAAUAUGUUGUAAUUUUUCUCUGUACAAUUUAUUUUUGUUUGGGAGAUUUUUUUUAAACUAAUUCCCAUUUAUUAAAACAUAAUUUAAAA